UAUUUUCAUCUCAAGUUCGUCCAGAAAUUGAGUUCUUUCUCCGCCAUUAUGUUCCAAAUCUCUUCGUUGCUGGGAUUCGUUCUCCUUGCCCGACUCGCCAUCAGUGCUCCCGCAGCUAGUGAGUCUGCUGCUUCCUCUGCUGCUGCCAGUGUUUCCGCCUCCGAGUCGAGUACUGCCUCUGCUACUGAUACUGCCGCGUCGUCAACCGCGACUGUCCCAUUUGCGAGCUUGGAUCCUAAUGUGCCACUGUGGGACGAUCAAAGUGACCCCUCGGUAGUUUCUCCCGAACGUGGAAAGCUUGGGGCAUCGAUACUUGGACCAGACAACAUUCCGAUAGACCUACAAAACCCUGAUCUUCUGGCCCCUCCGUCCACGGAUUCUGGAUCUAUUUCAAACGCCAAAUGGCCGUUUGCUCUCAGCCACAACCGUUUGCAAACCGGUGGUUGGGCGCGUCAGGAGAACAUUGGCGUCAUGCCCAUUGCCACUCAAAUGGCCAGCGUCAACAUGCGACUGGAAGCGGGCGCAAUUCGGGAACUUCACUGGCACAAAACCUCAGAGUGGGCGUAUGUCUUGAAGGGUUCCACACAAAUUUCGGCUGUUGACGCUCAAGGGCGGAACUUUCUAGCCACCGUGGGUCCCGGAGAUCUGUGGUAUUUCCCGCCCGGAAUUCCCCACUCUCUUCAAGCCACUGCCGAUGACGAAGGCGGCUCUGAAUUUAUUCUGGUCUUCGAUGACGGAGCCUUCAGUGAAGAUUCCACAUUUUUGCUAACUGACUGGCUAGCACAUGUCCCGGCGGAAGUCAUUCAAAGGAAUUUUCAAGUUGACCCACAGGCAUUUGCGCACAUUCCAGCUCAAGAGCUUUACAUUUUCCCAAGUGCUCCACCACCUGAUGAUGCUACACCCCCUGAAAGUCCCCAGGGAACAGUUCCCGAUCCAUUUUCAUUUGCGCUGUCUCAAGUAAAUGCCACACAGCUAUCCGGCGGUUCGGUCAAGAUUGUGGACUCGACUAAUUUCAAAGCCUCUACUACAAUCGCCGUUGCUGAGGUUACUGUUAACCCUGGCGCAAUUCGGGAAUUACAUUGGCACCCGACUCAGGAUGAGUGGAGCCUGUUCCUUGAGGGCGAGGGGCGAGUGACGAUAUUCGCAUCUCAAGGCACAGCGAGGACGUUCAAUUAUCAGCCUGGAGAUAUCGGUUACGUUCCUGCGGCUAUGGGGCACUAUGUUGAAAAUACAGGCAACUCGACGUUAAAGUUCCUGGAAGUUUUCAACACAGACCGGUUUGAAGAUAUCAGUUUGAACCAAUGGCUGGCUCUUACUCCACCUGAUGUUGUCAAAGCCCACCUGGAUCUAGAUGAUGCUACUAUUGCGCAGCUUUCGAAGACUAAACCAGUCGUGAUGGGCCCUCAAAGCUCGUGAUUAUCUCCACAGUUUCUUCAUGGAACAUUCGCUAUGUUAUUUUUAUGUAGUGAAUUGGAUAUAGUCAAUAGGUAGUCAACGUUUUGAUAUGCUAUUUGCGGGAAAUAUUUUU